UUUGUCAUUCCGCACGGAAAGCUCGUCGCGAACGCACGUAAAACUGGCAAGGCGGAGAAAUAUAACAAACAUUUACAAUUUGGCCCGCAGAAUAAGCCGAACGAGCGCUUAAUCAUCGAAAAGUAUCCAGCGAUCGAGUGGCGCGUAACCUGUGCGUGAGUGAUAAGGAGCUAAUUGAUAAAGGAAGUGACGACGGUGCCCGCAUAUCUACAUAAAUUCGCAAUAUGAUGGCACUGCGGAAAACUUUGGUCUUCAACAGUGCGCUUCUGUUGGUUCUGCUGCUGGCGGAGUCCCAAGCCAAGCCCUCGCAGGAUUUAAACAAACCGCAGACGAAGGAGCCAAGUGAUCUGGGUGCAGGAGCUGGAGCAGCACGAGGAGUGCCGGUGGCUGCCAAAAAUAAGACAGCUGUCGUGGAGGAUACUUCCGACGAUUCCGACUCAGAGGCGGAAUCGGAGGAGCAGCAGCGGCGGUCAUAUCCCCACCGCGACGAGGACCAACUGAACUCGGCCACCAAUUUGGUUUUGGCACAGAACUACAAGUACGAUGUGGAGAUCCUGGAAUCCGGCGAUGCCGACCAAGACGACAGUAGCAUGGAUGACGUGGACGAUCUGGAGGAGCGUUUCAAGGGACGCGGUGUGAUCUUCAGCACGGACACCGAAACCUUCGCCAACGAGAACAUCGAGAUGAGCCCGCUGAACGUGCAGGCGGAUGCGGUUAGCCAGGGACACGUGCUGCUCGGCAUCGUGGUGGUGGCACUGGCCUUGGUCUCCAUCGGCCUGUACGCCGGCCUGGUCAUAUGGCGCUCGCACCUGGAGCAGCGGUAUGGAAUGCGCGAACGACUGGUCAAUCACGACUUGGAGGAUGAAGCGGCUGGUGUCGACGACGUCGAUUAUCAGGUCUAUGCGCCAACCACGACGGCAGCUACGCCUAGGGCGUAGUCCGUUUCGAAAUCUGGUCCGAUUCGAUUCGAUCCGAUACGACGGUGGGCUUCAAUUGGACCUGGUUUCGGUUUAAAGUGCACACUCACCACACAAUUCAGACGAGACGACGACGAUGGCAAUUCAUUGCAGCCUCAGCUAGGAUGGUGGUGGAGAGACGGUGCUCAAUCGUCUAAUGUAUGCCAUAAAUUUCCACGACAAGCUGAAAAGCAUUCCGCUUCCCAAUUACACUCUAAUGGCGUUGCUAAAGGUCACGCCGAUUUCUAACAGCGCAGUUGACAAGACCAAUUAGUUAGUAAGUUUCUGUGAUAUUGUUCUAGAGAUUCUUUUGUACGUCCUUGCACUAACAAUACGCAUAGAACCCACGUUGCUAAUCGAUAAUAAAAACUAUAUGUAAAUGUAAAUG